AUGCCGUUUAUUGUCACAGUAGUGGUGUGUCCUGGUGGUAAAAACACUUUUCUCCAGGUUGUUCUACAAAUGCAUCCUAACGUGAGCCAGGGUUGCCAAGGAGGGUGUGCUACAUGUUCUGACUACAACGGAUGCCUGUCAUGUAAGCCCAGGCUCUUUUUUGUUCUGGAGAGGAUUGGCAUGAAGCAGAUCGGAGUAUGUCUUUCCUCGUGUCCCAGCGGAUACUAUGGGACACGGUAUCCCGACAUUAAUAAGUGUGCAAAAUGUAAAGCUGACUGUGAUACCUGCUUCACCAGAAACUUCUGCACAAAGUGUAAAAGUGGGUUUUACUUAUACAGUGGAAAGUGCCUUGAAAAGUGCCCUGAUGGGCUGGAAGCCAACAAUCACACAAUGGAGUGCACUAGCAUUGUGCACUGUGAAGCUAGUGAGUGGAGUCCAUGGAGCCCUUGCACAAAGAAAGGAAAAACAUGUGGUUUCAAAAGAGGAAAUGAAGUAAGGGUCAGAGAGAUCGUACAGCAUCCAUCAGCAAGGGGCAAUCCUUGCCCAGCUACAAGCGAGAGCAGAAAAUGUAUUGUACAAAGAAAGAGAUGUCAGAAGGAAGGAAAAGGGAAAAAAAAUAGGGAGGAGAAAAGAAAAAAGUCCGACAAAGAGGAAAGCAAGGAGACAAGACAGGAAAGCAAAGGGCGAGCAGCCCGAAGACAAAACCGAGAACAGAGGGAAAACAACAACAAAACGCAGCCGAAGAAAAAAAAAGCCCCUAAUAAAGAACUGAACCUGGCACCCGUCGACACUGCACAUUAACAGCCCUCCAUGAUUGUUUAAGUCUUAUGAUGCUGCUAUCUCUACCAGAUCGCCCUGACAGGUGCUCCAACUGAUCAGGCUGCAAAUGGACAAUGCUACCAGUUAUUAUUAAACUUUAAACAACAUUCCAAAUACUUCCUAUACUCUCCAAGCAACCAUAGUUUAUUAAAGAGAUUGACAUGAGCCAAGGGAAAAAAAAAUCUAAAAAUGGGAUACUUUAAAACUGUUAUAUUAUAUGCUUCCAUGCAUCUGUAAAAGGCAAUUAAGAAAUUUUGUAUAUAUUAAUAAUAGGGUAUAAAAUAUAGCAAUAUAAUAAUGAAUGACAUUCAGAUGAACAAUGUUCUUUUUCUUUGUAAAAUAUUUUUCAAGUUAUUGUUUAAGUAUGAGGCAAGAGAUAUGUCUAAAUCAAGACACAAAUCGUAUCUCUUCAUAUAUUGUACAUAAAUAUUAAGAGAAGGAGGAAAACGUUUCCGAAGAGCCAGUAGGAACCCAAGGUUUUAUAACCUCUGGUGGAGUAAGGUGGGAUUGCCCUGUGGUUCCCUGGUUCAUGCUCCAGACAUGGGUCAGAAACACCAGGGGAGAGCCCACAGGGCUUCACAAGCUGAGGGAAAAGAAGCAGAAGCAUCUGCAGCUUUGAAGACUGAAUUCCUGAGGCAGAAGGCGACACAGUUGAGCUUGAACACUGCUCUGGUCUGUGGGACAACACAAUGUUUUCUGGUCUAAACAGUGGUACCGUGUGUGCUGUUUUAUGCUUUUUAUACCUACGUGUAACUUAAGUCUACAUUUCAAAUCUUCCAGUGAAUGACAAAUCGUAUUUGUAGGAGACAAUGUUGAGUUAAUAAAAAACAGAAAAGUAGA